CUGUAUUAUCAGUACAAUCUGUAUAUACUUCAUCGUUGUAUGUAAAAGCAAAAUUUUUUAUAUUUCUUUCCAAUUUUCGGAUGUGUUAACUAUACAACAAUUUAUUCUGAGCUCUGAGCAAACAAAAUUAUUUCCUUUAACAAUUGCCAAGUCCUUUGAGAGUUCCAACACUGGGAUUAAAAGUAAAUUUGACUAAACAGAUUAAAUAGGAAAACAGGACUUUAUUUUGAUUAUUAGCUAAGGAUGUCGGGCGAUUGCAAUGUAUGUCCCACUUCGUGUGAUCCUUGCCAGGCGCCCGUUGAUUAUCCACCAUGUCCGGCUGGCGCCACUUGUCCGCCAUGCGAUUGUGGCGACUAUUCCGGCUGUUGUUAUCAGCAGCCACCACGUACUCUUCCCAUAAUUCCACAGUCUCAUCUGAUGAGAUCGAAUGCUCCACUUGAUACGAAUACAAUUUAUUCGCGUUCCUAUUAUGCGAACUGUGGUGAUAAUCUCCGCGCACGUCCAGUGCGUCCCUGUAAUCACAUCAGUGCCAACACGGCGCCCAUGGAGAAGUGUACGGUUCAGAAGUUAUCCUAUAUGCCGCCUUGUCCGGCUCAGCGCACAAUGCCCAUACUUCCGGCGGAGAGCGGGUUACGUUUCGAGGGUCCCAUCUAUGCAAUGACCUCGCAGAAGCACGACUAUGUGCCCAAGGGGAAUGUGAAGCGGGCCCCCUGCCUGCCACAUGUUGCCAUCUGCACUUCAACAGCGCCCAUGGAGCGUUGCACCAUCCAGAAGUUGAGCUACAUGCCAGUGGAUGUUUGUCAGAAUCCACCUCCCAAGUUGAUGAAACAGGAAUCCCAUUACUGUAAGCCUGUUGGCCCAAUGGAGCGUUGCUCCGUCCAGAAAUUAUCCUACAUGCCGGUCUGUAUUCCGCCCAAGGAGCCGAUGCCGUGGGCCGACAAGGUGCGCUGUGUGCCGCCAAAUUAUCAGAAUAUCUGCACCACAUACAAUCUCAGCUAUAUGCCCAAUUGCAAUGCCGGACGCACUGCACCCAUGCUCCCCAUGAACACUCUGCGUUUUCUGGGCAACGAUGCCGGUGCCGCCAGCACAGUCUACAAAUUAAGUUAUAUGCCUGUGGAUGCAUCUCGAACUAAACCCAUGCCCAUCCUGCCGAGGGAUACAUUCCAUCGCGCGACAGGACCACUCGAAAGAUGCUCCGUACAGAAGCUCUCGUAUCAACCCAAUUGCACCGAGCGCACUCCUCCAAUUCGUCCUAUGGAGAACGGUCUUCGCUUCGAUGGACCCAUGUAUGCGAUGACCACACAGAAGCACGAUUUUGUGCCCAAGCCGCAUGUGAGACGUGCUCCCAUCAUGCCCCUGACUGCCUUUUGCCGUCCCAGCUGUGCAAUGGAACGUUGCACCGUCAACAAGUUGUCCUAUAUGCCAGUGGAUGUCACCUGUUUCCCACGUCCCGAGCCUGUCAAGCCACGCGAGGGCUUCUGUCGCAACAACGGGCCCAUGGAGAACUGCACCACCUACAAGCUGAGCUACUUGCCCAACUGUGUGCAGCCCAAGGAGCCCUUGCCCUGGGCACGCUCUACAGCCUAUUGUCGUCCCAGUGGACCCAUCGAGAAGUGCACCAUUCAGAAGCUCAGCUACGGGCCACCCGGUGCCUUUCAACGUUGUGGAGGUCCUUGCGGAACUGGACCUGCCGAUGCUGGCUGUUAUCCAAAGGCUGGCAUUUGUUGAUGUGGAAAUACCUUUUGAUUGCUCUCAAACAACUUGUUGUUCCUUCGUCCAAUACUUGUUUUAUAUUAAGUGUUUCCAAAUUCACAAGUUCAUCGUGAACUUCACUCUGCAUUUGUCCUAUACACUCACCACACACUCACAUAUUCAUUCACACACUCGUUGCAGUCUCCAAGGCACGCACACUAACGCAUUUUAUGUUCCUAACACACAUACACAUCAAGUUUCUGGCUAAAAUUCCAAUAACGUGUCUUAUUAUUGAAGAUGAUCUUGGUAAAAUUAAAGUCUUACAUUAAAUACA